UGUAGUGCAUACAAAUGCAGCUCCUUUAUGAUGAGUGGAAAGGAUCUGCAUGCAUUUGUUAUAAACUACAGAGCAGAAGAUGUGGAGAAACUGACAGUGCGGAUGAAAAAUGGUCUCGGCAGCUCAAAGUACAAACCGGCGGAAUAUGAAAGACUACAAGCCAUCGUUGAUGCCAAGCGCCUGGAGUCUGAUCUAAUUGGACAAAAGGUUCAGAAAACUCGCUGUACAGCCAAGGCGACCAAGGAGAGCUCCGUAUUACGGCAGCACAGACAGGUGUGGAGCAGAGAGUGCCCCAGGCUGCAAAAAGCUGAGGAGAAGGCUGAGGAUGACAUCCAUGAUUUUCUGGAGAUGAUCAGGCCGAAUGAUAGAACAGACACUGCAACCUUCUCACUCCAAGAAUCUGCACUUCUCCUGGAGAGAGAAAGAGAAGCAUUCAGGAUAGCCACUGUGGAGCCGGUUCAUCAUCUCAAGGACGACCUGCGCUUCAGACUGGGUGAAAUACAACAUCAGUCCAAUGCGUCUGGAUCAAACUGGGAGCAAGUUAUACAACAGAUACACUUUGUGAAAAGCCAGCAAGAUAACAUCACUGCUAAGCUUCAUGCAGAGUACCUGGGCUUGGAGGAGGAGAUCACUGGCCUUGAAUUGGAGAAAUAUUUAACUGGUACUUCAGAUAAUCUUGUGGACAUAGAAGAGCUUCCAGAGGAGGUUUUGGAUUCAGAUUGCCCCUAUCCAGAACUACAAGACUCACUAAUCCAGACCUUCCAGUCCCUAGCAGAAAGGUACCACAGCAGGAUCCAGAACCUCAGAGAGCAACUGCAAACAACUCAUAGGUUCUUUGGCUGGUGUGCAGAUGAACACCAACGCUUCCAGUUCACUUUGUCUCUAUACACUCCUCCUGACGUACCAAACCACAGAACACUCUGCAUGGAUAUGCUCCAAAGAUUAUUCCCUCAGAAAACUAAACAGGAGCUGACUGAGCAUGAACGUGUGUUGGAUUGGCAGCGCUUCACCCAGGCACAGCUGAAGGUAGUGACCCAGCAAUGGCAGCGGGACCAUGAAGAGCUGCUGGCCAGAGCCCUGUUCACCCUGCAGGAGGCGAGACAUGCCCACCAGGAGGAGCUGGAGCUCCACAGAGACCGGCAGAGCCAGCAGGACAUCUGCUUGCAUCUUAGAAAGAAGGUUAGUGUCAGGUGUGCCAUCACAGCCAAGAGCU